AUGAAAACAACUAUGAUUGCUGAUAGAAUACUUGUAUACUUCCUUAUUUGCUACUGUUGUUGUAUAGAAUUACCAAUAACGUCUCUUAGUGGAGAUCAGGUGUUUGAAAUCAAUGACGGACAAACAUACACAUCAGGAUAUGAAAUUACUUUAAAUGACAACUCACAAUUCAUUAUAUCCAAUUACACAACACUCAUAUGUAACAACAAAAUAUUUUUGAAUAACAACUCCACACUCAUAAUAAAAGAUAACUCAUCAUUUUUUGUCAACGAGAAUUUGUCGAUGAGUGCAAAGUCCUCACUUGUUGUUAUGAACAGUUCAUAUAUUAGGGCAAAUAAUUUAAUACUCAAAGAAUCAUCAAAUAUCAAAUUCUAUGACAACUCAACGUGUAACCAAUCAAAAUUCGAUCUUGUUGGAAUUUCAUUGGUUGAGCUGAAUGGUGCAUCGAAGAUUAAUGCAAACGAAUUUAAAAUGGCUGGAAAUGCCAAUGUUAUCUGCAAAAAUACAACAUAUUUUCAAAUAAACAGUUUCACAAUUGAUGGUAAUGCCAGUUGUACAUUGAUUGGAAGUUCUAUUUUUUACUCUUCAAAUACCAUCGAAUUUAAAGCAAAUAGCCAAGUCAUUCUUUUCGACAAUUCACUUUUUAGAUCAGAAAACGAAAUUAAAAUAUCUUCUACAAAAGGGGCUGUGUUAUAUAACAAUUCAAAAAUGUUUGGUAGUAAAAAUUUUGAAAUUAAAGGAUCGUCGUUUGUGGAGUUGAAUUCGAAUGCUGGUGUAGAGACUGGUGGGGAUUUUAAAAUCAAUGAAAAUUCAAAUUUGUAUUUACGAGGAGAAAAUGACCAGAAGGUUGUCAUUUCUAAGAAACUAAUUUGUGACAAUGGCGUUUUAACAUCAUUUGGUAACUCAUACAUUUCUAUAAACGAUGAAUUGUCACUUGGUGGUAAUUGUAAAGUUAAUUUUACAGCACGGACUAUACGUGAUAUCCCUUUCUUUCAAGUAAAUAAAGUCAGUAACUUUUCUGGUACAAUAUUGGCUCAUGACAAUCAAUUUGAUAUUGCCUUUGCAUAUCCUGAUCAAAUAAUAACAGGUAUAACAACUAAUAAUGAUGUCAAAAUGGUACAAAACAAUCGAUUGGCAAGAUUUGGCGAUUCCACAAAGAUAUUUUGCCAUUUGGGGAUGUCGAGUCCGGGAGAUGUUGAAUACAUUGAAUCGUAUUGCCCAUGUAGUGGUGUUGACUGUUAUAUAACACCACUGAGUUCUGUCACAUCUUUCAAAGUUGACAUUGCAAGUGAUGUUUUGCAAACUAAAAAGUCUUAUGAGAUAGGAAACACUUUUAAUGAAGUUGUUGUUUUGGGAAGUAACAAUUUAUUUUCUUUUGCAAAAACGGACGGUGUAGUCAUGUAUUCCAACAACAAAAACAGUGUUUCUAUUCAGAUGAAUGAAAUGACCAAAGAGGUGCUUUUCAUAUCAAAUUCUUCGUUUUUAAUUUCACAACAAUUUAAACAAACAUGUAAUUACUGUUAUACAAAGAAUGGAGAUGUGACUUGCAAUAAUUGUACCAAUGAAUGUCCAGAUUACAAAUACAAUGCAACUGGGAAAGAGUGUUCUUCUUGUCAAGACCUAAAUUGUGAGAGUUGUACAAUUGGUGUUGAUGUCUGUCUGAAGUGUGGUGGUGGGUAUUACUUAAUUAAUGGCAAAUGUGACACAAUUCCACAAUGUCAGUUGAUUCAAGUUAAUAGAUGUCGAAAGUGUGAUAAUGGUUAUAUAUUGAAAGAGAUGAAAUGUGUGACAGUAGAUAAUUGUGUUGAUGAGAAAGUUGAUGGAAGUUGUUUGAUUUGUGAUUAUAAAGACAACACAGUUAAUAUCAAUGGAAAUUGUGAACACGUUGACAACACCAAAAUCGUUCAUCAAACUGUUAUUUCGUGUGAGAGUGGCUUUGUAUUAAACAAGUCCCUCUGCAACAAAUGUGAUUCAACUUAUCCAAAUUCUGUGUUGUGUGAAAAUGGAAAAACAACAAAAUGUGAUGACAAAAGCAAAAUGAGUUUAAGUGGAACUUGUGAAAUUGAUUCCUGUGUGAGUCCAAAUGAUGAAAAUGGGAAGUGUACACCUGAAAUAGAUGGCUGUUCGAAAUACACAAACACACGAUGUGUAGAGUGUCAAAGCAAUAUGAUUCUUUCUCAAAACACGUGUAUACAAAAAGAAGUUAAUAAUUGCACACAAAUGAAAUCAACAAAAUGUGUGAGAUGUGAAGAUGGUUAUUACAUUGAUGAAACGACGAAUGGUGAAUGUUCAAGUUGUGAUACAAACUGUAAGACGUGCAUUUCCAACUCAACUUUCUGUCUUUCGUGCAACGACAAACAGUUUCUGAGCAAUCACAAGUGUCUAACAAAUGAAGACCUGGAAAAUGUAUGCACGCAGUUUGUGCCAUCAGGUGGGUGUGUGAAGUGUAUUAAUGGUUAUUACAGAAACGGACUUUCAUGUGAGAAGUGUGACGUCAAAUGUGGCACUUGCAACAACAAAGAAAUGUGUUUGAUGUGCAAUGAAACAAAUUACAAAACAGCAAAUAAUGAAUGUAAACCACAAAGCGACGUUAUUGGGUGUAAAGUGGAAGUGACACAAAAUGGGUGUUUACAGUGUUCUGAUGGGUAUUACACAGUCAACACAAAUGAAUGUGGAAAGUGCGAUGAAAGUUGUUUGACAUGUUUGUUAUUAAACAACAAGUGCACGUCUUGUGGUGACACACAAGUUUUGGUAGACUCAAAAUGUCUUAAUGUGUCUGCAAUUAGUAAUUGUAAUGAAGUAACCAAAUCAAAAUGCUCCAAAUGCACUUUUUGGCACGUUCCCAGUGAUGAUGGCACUUAUUGCAACUCGAAAGCUGUUUGGUGGGUCAUUCUGAUUAUCGUUUUAUUUCUACUUUUAGUAGUUAUUAUAGUAAUUAUUCUUAUUAUGAUAUUAUUUAAUUAUUUAUUGCAACGCAAACACGAAAAGAAACUUGAGAAGACUACGACUCUAUUCUCAAUGAAUAAAUCGAACAUUCAGUUUGUCCGUUUGCCGAGUGGUAUUUGUAUCUCUCCUGAUCAAAUUGAUUUGAAUUUGGAAGUCCAAGAGCUACCAAUUGAGACCGAAACGAAAGUCUUAUUUUGUGUUGGGAACACCAAAAAGAUGAGUCUAAAAGUCCAAUUUUCACUGAAAAGUGAUGUCACAAAAUUUACAAUGAAGUGUUCACCGGAUAUAGUGACUCUUAAGAAGGGUUUUGCGUGUGAAUUUAGCAUUGGUAUUACUCCAAUUUGCACUUCUAAAAUCGACACAACACUUCUUGUCAUUUCCAAGUCACUGAAAGAUGGCAAAGAAAAUUACAAUGAAGUCAAAAUGGUUGGGGUCACUGCCCAAUCCAGUCGAAUCGACCCAGAAGAAUUACAAGAGGAGAAGAUACUUGGCGAAGGAUCGUUUGGAAUUGUCGUCAAAGGCACAUUCAGAAAUAAUACCGUCGCUAUUAAAAAGAUGAAAGAAGUUUCUAAUGAGAAAGUUGCAAUGGCUGAAUUUACAAAGGAAGUUGAGAUGUUGGACAAAUUUAGGAGUGAGUAUAUCGUCCAUUUCUAUGGCGCUGUUUUUAUACCAAACAAAGUGUGUAUGGUCACUGAAUUUGCACCAUUUGGGUCGUUACAAGACUUAAUUAGCAAAAGAAAGUCGAAUGAGGUUAAUAUAAAAUUGAAGAUCAAAUUUAUGUUAGACGCAUCAAAAGGUCUUUUGUAUUUACAUGAAAAUGGAAUAUUACACAGAGACAUCAAACCAGACAACAUUCUUGUGUUUUCUUUGGAUUUGAACGACACGGUGAACGCGAAAUUGACGGAUUUUGGGAGUGCGAGGAAUAUUAAUUUGAUGAUGACUAACAUGACAUUCACUAAAGGUAUCGGGUCACCAACUUACAUGGCGCCUGAAAUAUUGAAGAAAGAACAUUACAAGAAACCGGCUGAUAUAUUUUCGUUUGCUAUCACCCUGUAUGAGUGCUUUGGAUGGUGCAAUGCAUACUCAGAAAAAGAGUUCAAGUUUCCAUGGAAAAUAGCUGAGUUUGUCACAAGUAGUAAAAGACUUGAAAAAUUAAGUUCGAUGUCUGAGGAACAAUUUGAAUUAAUCAAUAUGUGUUGGAAACAAAAUUCAAAAGAACGAAUAGAAAUCCAAAAAGUUGUUAUUUUGAUAAAUGGGUUAAUUGAUAAUUAA